AUGCCACAUAACGACCCCCUUGUCAUCAGCAUUCAAAUCGCUCAGGCCAUGAUCAACCGAAUCCACGCAGACGAGGGCAGCGCAGCCUAUAUCCUACAACUGGCAGUCAUCCAAUAUAUGGGCUUGGAGACAAAGAUCAACAAAUUAGCCAAAUCUCUGACUGGCUUUAAUGGUGCAACAACGGUUAUCGUGGGCACGAUAGACCUCGAUGUCUUGUCCCCACCUGUAAUCAGCUCGCAAACAUUCAGGGUCAUUAAUGAGGUCUCACCCUACAACGCCAUCCUAUGCAGACCAUGGAUUGGCAAGAUCAACGCCAUCACCUCUGCCACAGAUCAGAAAAUUUGGUACCCAAUUCCUAGGGGCGGUGUCAGCCAAAUCAAUAGCGAUCAAGCAAUGCAAUCAAAGCAUCAGGACCAAGCCGAGGAAAUCCGUCCAGAGGUUUUUCCUGAAGAAGGAUGGAAACCCGAGGAGGAUGUCGAGUUAAUACCCUUGGAUCCUGACCAGCCAGACAGGAAAGCGUGGAUCAGCUCGCGCUUAAGCCCAGAGGAGAAGGUGGAGCUUACCACAUUCCUCUAG